AUGGCUCAUAUCUUCGGCGUCGCUACGCUUGCGAGCCUCGGGAUUGCGACGGUCAUUUUUGACUUCACACGCACGCCUUACCGCAAUGUGCCCCGCCCCUCUGAGAAGCAGCGCCUCAAAAUCUUCGACCUAUCCGCAGAGAAUUAUGACUCCGACCAAAGCUUCCACGAAUGGAUUACGCGGAUCAGGACUCACCGGAAGACGGUCUUCUCCAAGGCAAGAGGCCGCGUGUUAGAGAUCGGGGCCGGCACAGGCCGGAACUUGGAUGUCCUCAAGUGCACGCCCGGAGUCACGAGUCUCACCUGCAUAGACACCAGCGGACCGAUGUGCGAAGUGCUAGUGAAGAAACUUGAAAAACUCAAGCCGCCGUUUCCCGUGCAAGUCAUUCAAGGCGACGCUUCACAAGUGCCUUUCGAGGAUAACACCUUUGACUCAGUCAUCUCCUCCUUCGCGCUCUGCGCAGUCGAGCGUCCGGAGCAAACUGUCGAGGAGACGCGACGCGUGCUGAAAGGCGGGGGCCGGUUCCUGUUGCUCGAGCGAGGCCUUCCGUCGAGCAACUUUGCACGUUGGAUUCUGAAGCGGUAUGAGAUUUACCCUAACCCGAACGUCGCGUGCGAAAUUGGCAUUUUCGAAGACAUCGACCUCGGGCAGCUGCUAGCCCAGGGAAAAUUCCGACUGACCGAGUCUGCCCCUUCGAAAGUUAUGACGGUUCAUGCACUCUCAGCGCGCCGCGGCUGUUCGGCUGAGGAGAGAAAAUCUCACGCCCGUUCUCGUGUUGGGCUGCCGGAGCUCAGAGGUCAAACUGACGCCCGUGUGGUUUUCCGCUACACUCCAAAUAGUGACGAUGCUACGCAAAAGUGA